AUGUACCUUCGUCAUAAACGUCUCAAGUUCUUCAACGGGAUCAAGGGGUACGCUCACAUAAUAGAACAGAAUGGAAAGAGAGACACAAAAGAGGAAUUACGUGGGGUUUACACGGAGAUCACUUCUAGAGGUGAAAUACUGAAAUUCGAAAGAAUCGGUGAUAACAUUUUGCUGCUAUCACUCUUUCUCCCUUUUUGUAUUUUUGGAGCUCUGCAACAAUAUGGAGUCCCUCCAAGUCCAAGUCCGGUGAGGGGCGUUUUAGACAAUUCAGUCUCAGUCUCCACCAUCCCUUCCUCACCUAUAAACAAGGAAGAAGAAGUCGGAGGAUUCCCUGUUUGUAAAUCAUCUCCUUCCUUUAGUGAAUCCGGAUUAAGGAAUCUCAGGAGGGGCAGUUUGACCAGUUUGACAAGUCAAUCUUCAGUUACUGUCCUUAUCAACCCUACGAAUAGUAACAUUAUUUCUACCAAUAACGCCCUUGGUGUUGGUCAAGCUUCUGAAAUGGCUAAGAGGCCUAUGUUAGGGACAGAUGAGGGAAUGGUUCAGUAG